AUGAGCUGGCAAAGAUCAGCUUCGAUGAGGUUAGCCUACCCAGGUGCGACUUGGAUUCCAAGGUUUGGCUUGGGCUAUCGAUUCGACCUCACAGGUGAGGGCAUUGACUGCGAGGAAUAUGUCGUCCAUGAGUCUUUGCUGGGAGAGCUGCUGGAGGAGUCCCACAUGGAACUGCAAGCAGCCAUUCCAUUCGAGGAUCUGGUGACCUUCUCAGAGGAGAAGUCGGGCUUGGCCUCAGACAUUGCUGCAUCCUUGCUUUCAAGGCUACCUGGUGAUUUCCAGGCGAUGGCGGCGAUGGGUGACUUUGGGGUUUAUGACCGCCUUGGCCUGAAGGUGUCAAGGGAAGAAGCCUGCAUCUCGUCCCUCUACAAGCAGGCAGCCUCAGCAAAUGGUGGCGAAUGUCGCGUUUAUUAUGAGGGUGCCCCAGUGAUUCCGGGCACCUAUAACAACGUGACAGCCUCUUCAUGCCAAGCCUUUUGCAACCUCAACGCAAAUUGUAGUUCCUUCUCUUUUUGCGGAAACUCUUGCUACUUAAAGCAGGCAUGCAUCGUGGACGGGGAGCCUUUGGUGAAUGCUACGACCUGGACGGAUGGCUGCGUCACCUACUGGAAGCAAUGUCGUCAGCUGGAGGGUUACCAGGUCACUGAAAGGCUGGUGAAGGAACAGGGCAUGGAGAUCGAGAAUGUCAUCACUGACAGCUUGGGCAUUUGUGCAGAUGCUUGCAAUAGCAAUCCCGAUUGCAAGUCCUCCUCCUUCUAUGCCCAGUCCAGAGGUUGCCACUUGAAGGCGAAGUGUGUGGAACCCACCGAUGCUCUCAUACCGCCGGAUGACCCGGCAAACGUUUAUCGGACCUUCUACCGCUGUUGUACAUGCACUACGACCACGAGCACAACCACAAGCUCGCCCUGGCAGAGCUUAGCAAGAGCUUUGGCCUUUGAAGGUGCAGGGGCUGAGCCUGGGACCUACGAAGGAUCCUACUCGGUGAGCGAUUGUCAAAUGUUUUGCAAUGCUCAUCCUGAUUGCAAUUCCUUCACGCUUUGUGGGUCAUCCUGCUAUUUGAAGACCCUUUGCGUUACCACUGAACUAGCACUGGUGUCCGCAGAUGGUUGGAAUGGCUGCGUGACACACUUUAGACCUUGCGAAGUGACAACCACUGAAGUGACCACAACUGAAGUGACAACCACUUCGACAAACACCUCUGUCACGACAAUGGAAACCAGCACCACGCCGGGGAUUACGACCAUACCCAGCAACCAGAGCGAGGGAAGUGUGACAACCACGCCCUCGACAGAACCCACAGAUGAUGGUGGCUAUCUGGUGAACUCGGCGAGAGCUAUGAGUGUGGCAUGCGUGGCUUUGGUGAUCCUUUCGGGCUGA